AUUCAAUCAACAACGAACUUGACGAUUUUGUUUAUAUUCAAUUUGUAAAUCGUGUUUCUUUUUAAAAGAAAUUUGUUAAUAUAAUCUUAAAAAUGUCAUCCCUGGCUGAAGAAAGCGUGAGACGUAAUAGCGAAAGCGAAGCUGGUGAAGCAGAUACCCCUGAACACGACCCUCAUUAUGAGCCAAUAGUAUCUUUACCAUUGGUUGAUGUAAAUACGAAUGAAGAAGAUGAGGAAGAACUGGUGAAAAUUCGUGCCCGGCUUUAUAGAUAUGAUACCGCGGACCACGAGUGGAAGGAGCGUGGAACAGGUGACAUUAAACUAUUACGCCAUAAAGAGAAUAAUACAGUUCGUGUUGUUAUGAGACGUGACAAGACCCUCAAAGUAUGUGCAAAUCAUUUUAUAACCCCUGAUAUAAGAAUGAAUGUCCAUUGUGGCUCUGAUAAAGCUUUCAACUGGUCUGUUUUUGCCGAUUACGCUGAUGAGAAAUGUAAACAGGAACUACUCGCUAUCAAAUUUGGAAAUGCGCAGAAUGCAGAAAUGUGGAAAAAGAAAUUUGCAGAAGCUCAAGAAAUUGUAAGGACAAAAUGUAGUUUAUAUACCCAAGAUCAGUCUUCAGACGAUGAUGAAAGUAGCAUUACACGAAGUGAAGACACAGAUACCCCUGAACCAAAAACCACAGACAAGUCUGAAGGUGCUGAUUCAGAGGGUGUAGUUUUAAAAUUGAAAGAACUUACAGUGGAAUGUGAAAAGGCAAAUUAACAUUAUGUUAACAAUAUUGCAUGAUCUGUAUAAGGGCCAAUGUGUAACAUCUUAUUCUGGACUUGGUUUAAAUUCCAUUAAUAUUUCAGUUAUAUAUAUAGAUAUUAAUGAUAUUCCAUUCUUUAUAUGUUUCAACAUGAUGAUUUUUUUUUAAGUAUUUUUAUUUGAAUAGUUCACUUGGUUAUAUUUUUUUACAAGAGCUCUAAGUUUGAGGAUAUGAAAUCAGUGUGUGUGUUAGCAUAAUAUUGUACAUUAUCAGCAAAACAUAGGAAAUCUAUAUAUAUUUUACUAGCUCAAAAAGUUUGCAAAGUGUAAAUUAUAUUUACUUUGGUUUUCUUGUGUUAUAGAUAUAAAAAAGGAUUUUCCAUGCCAUAAUCUAUUCCAUCUACAAUGUAAGCAAUAAAACUUUAAGUUGCUAUCUUUGAUUAUAACUAUUUUUUGGUUACGAUACACGAAAUACAUUGAUAACUAUAAUGACUUAUAGUACAUCUGUACUUUAUUACAGUUAUACUUCACAAGGAAUGUAUGUGCCAAAAAUUAUAUAUUUUUAUUCAAUGCACAAUGAUGCCUUUUGAUAUCAACUUAGCGACAUCCCCUCCCUUACACAAUGUGUGCCCUGACAACCUGAAGAAGUCUAGCUGCACCAUAUGCAUUGCUUCUUGGCGUUCCGUGGUGAUAAACAAUGUCAAUAUUGUAAGCAUUUUUGUUUAAUAUGCAUUUUAUACAAUUUCUUAAUAACUAUCAGCCUAAUAACAUCCUCACUGGUGGGGCGAUGGCCUUGCCUAUGAAUGGGCAGUGGCCCAUUCUCCCUAUCUCAGAUAAUUAAAUAACACCUUGGAAAUAUAAAUGUUAAUUCCACUUUCAUUUUUAUUCCACAUCUUGACAUGGCAUGUGUUUAUUUUAUUUUUUAACAAAUUUCAGUAAAAUAUACGAGUUACUCAAAUUGAUUAUCAUUAUAUCCUUUAAGUAAGAUGAACUUGAUUUGAUUGGAACUAUAUAUAUUUAAUAAAAAAAAACAUGUAUGAUUAUAAUUUUACAUUCCUGUUUAUUAACAAAUUGUGGUUUAUAUCCAAAAAUGUGGCAAACCAUUUGAUUAACUGAUGGUUUUUUCAUAAUGAUGAUGAUAAAUAAAGAGGUCUCCUG